AUGGGAAAUCAAACGGCAUUCAGAGGAUUUGUCUUUGUGGGUUUUUCCCAUUUCCCCGAACCCCAGUUGUUGUUCUUCCUUGUGUUUCUGACCAUGUACAUCACCACCUUGCUUGGAAAUGGCCUCAUCCUGGCCACGGCUUUUCUGGAUUCCAGCCUCCAUACACCCAUGUACUAUUUCAUUCGGCAUCUCUCAUUCCUGGACAUGUGCUACACCUCAGUCACUGUACCCCACGUGCUGAAAAACUUGCUGAUUGAGUCCAAGGCCAUUUCCUUCCAGGGCUGCCUGGCCCAGUUGUACUUCCUCGUGGCCUUUGUGGGAGUUGAGUGCCUCUUGCUGGCCGUGAUGGCCUAUGACCGAUACAUGGCCAUCUGCCAUCCCCUCACGUACACCCUCUUCAUGAACCGAACCUUAUGUGCCCAGCUGGUGGCUGCCUCGUGGACCUUUGGCCUCCUCAACUCAGUCCUGCACACAGCCAUGACCUCUCUCCUGCCCUUCUGUGCCUCUCGCAAGCUGGACCAUUUGUUCUGCGAUGUCCCCCAGUUGCUCAAGCUGUCUUGCGCGGACACUUUCCCCAACCAAAUCACACUGGUGGUCGUAACGAUGCUUCUUGGUGUCAGCCCUUUCCUUUGCAUUGUAGUUUCCUACAUCCAUAUUGUCAUGGCAGUCUUGAGGAUCCGAACAUCUCAGGGCCGCCGCAAAGCAUUCUCCACCUGUGCUUCCCAUCUCGCAGUGGUCACCUUGUUCUUCACUAGUGGCAUGUUUAAUUAUAACCGGCCCAGUUCUGGCUACCCUGCAUAUUUAGAUACUUUGGCCUCUGUUCUUUACAAUGUGGUGACCCCAAUGCUGAACCCCAUCAUCUAUUGCCUGAGGAACAAAGAAAUGAAGGAGGCUCUCAAGCGAGUGCUCAGCCCCCAAAAGCUCUCCUCCCUCUAG